CCAUGCCAGUUUCACUCUGGUGCAGGCAUCAAGCAGGAUGGUAUUACAGUUUAUGUUUACGUUGAUUUAAAUGAGUUUCUUAAAAUUGAUGUAAAUUUUCAAAUUAAUUUAACUUAAAUAUUCUUCCAUUGUUUGGUGGUAUAGAUACGACAUAUUUUCUGAUACGUGACAUGCAUAUGGGAUGGAAUAUUUUUUUUUCUCUUUCAAAUCGAGUACGAAUUCCGAAACUUGGAUUAGGGACGUCACAUUACGGAGGAUAUUCGCACGAGGCAGUGGUCUAUGCUUUGAAAACAUGGGGAUAUGAACUGAUAGACACCGCGAAGCGUUACGGAAAUGAAGGGCUGUUGUCGAAAGCUAUCGCAGAAAGUCAGCGUAAUCGCAACGACUUAUUUUUAACUUUUAACCAGCAAACUGUGGCCGAGCGAUUAUGGGAAAACGACUCCAAAUCAGCUUCGUUGGGAUCUUUAAAGCGGCUCAAUGUGGAUUAUUUGGAUCUCUACCUUCUUCACUGGCCGCUCGUUCAUGGAUGGUGCAGCAAUCCUAAGCAGAUGCUGGAAGAAACUUGGAGGGAAUUAGAGCUUUUGUACGAUGAAGGUUUAUGUCGAGCUAUCGGCGUGAGCAACUACACCGAAGAUGAUCUGUAUCCAGAGCGGUGUAGUUACCAUACCAAAAUCGACAAAUUGCCAGCGCCUACGCGAAAAUAUUGAUGUUUUAGACUUCAGUUUGAACGAUCGUCAUAUGGCUGUUUUGGAUGCAGUGCAUGUCGGACGAUGUUUAAAAAACCGUGAAGGUAUGCAAGAGAAGCUGGAUAAUGACCUCCCUGACGGAUAUAAGCUUGGAUUGUGAAAGUGCAGUAUGCUGGAUACCAGGGAUGGCGUCUUCUUAGUCGUUUUUGUGUUGCUGCUAUUGAUAUCGAUCUGUUGAUUGUGUGAUAUUUCCCAAGUGAUCGUCCCGUUUCUUUUUUGUAUUUUAUAUUUUAUACACGUCCACCCUUUUUUGUACUUUUUAUGUUUUCGACUUUGCGUGAGCAUUUCUGCCUACUUGUACUUGAAUUUUGUAGUACUGACCAGUGAAGUUGAUAAAAUGGUGCAGUUG